UGAAUUCGAAAAGCCUCAAAUAAAAAAUAUUCUUUUUCUUCUUUCUUUCUUUUAAUUUAUUUUUACACAUUCAAGAAUUGUAUCCAUCUCAGUUGUACCAUCAGUUAAAUGUACGGACAUCUUGUAUACAGAUCAAAACUAUCGCGUUCUAUCGUAUCAUCUCAUUUAUAACCAUAACUAUUUUUUCCAUCAUUACACGUUAUAUUAAGACGCCUAACACUUGACUUCACAUCGACCACAUGGCGAGAAACACCGCGAAUACACUAUAAAUAGGAUCAUAAGGAUUAAAACCCACGAUGACGCAAUUCCGUCUCAUCAAACCUAGUUUCGUUCCAAGACAGAGGCAUCAAUUUCACUUUCUAACAAGCUUAUUGCGACUCCGCUAUUACAUCGGCCCAAUUAAGCAUCUUAAUCGCUACCAAAUCGUACUGUCACGGUCGAAUAACGCGUAUCAUCCGUGGACUUGAUACCCAUAUGCUUAUAUACGUGUCUACAUACGCGAGGGACAGUUCUUGGUCCGAUAGCCGGCACGUGACUGAAUUCCAAUGGAAAAUGCACACGCGCCGAAGAGUGCGUUACUUACACGUCCGAUACGUUAGUAAGCGAUAGACAGUGCCACUGACUUAUCAUCGGUGCUUCCAUUUUCUGCCGACCCGCGCUUUUUUCACUAGAAUUCGUCGCGACGUUCGAUCGUGCGUAACAACGCUCUUUGACUUUGAAUCCAAAGUGAACCGGUUCCAAGUGGGCUACGCUUCGUCAUCGUCAUGACAGACUAUCAAAGCGACGAUAUGUCGGCGAUCAGCCCUGAAAUAACAGUGAGAAGACCAGUUUAUCAACAAGACGAACUUAAUCAUUUGUGUAAAUAUGCUAAGCCGAAUGAAGCACUUUUGAAGAAUAUCUCGAUUAGAUGCAAGAAAAUGAGGCCGAUGAGAAUUCUAAAGACUACUAUACCUCUUAUUGACUGGUUGUCAACAUACAAUUGGAAGAAUGACAUACUAGGUGAUAUUGUUGCUGGAAUUACUGUGGCGGUGAUGCAUAUUCCUCAAGGAAUGGCGUAUGCAAUAUUGGGCAACGUGCCACCGAUCAUUGGUAUUUAUAUGGCAUUCUUUCCGGUUCUUGUAUAUCUCUUCCUCGGCACUUCAAGGCACAAUUCUAUGGGUACCUUCGCAUUAAUAUGCAUGAUGACAGGAAAAGUGGUAGCAACUUACAGCACUCAAGGUCAAGUAAACAAAAACUCCACGACAGAAAACGAGUUACUAACCUCAACAAGUAGUCAAUAUUCCUCGGUGGAAGUUGCUACUGCGGUCACUUUCACUGUGGCCUUGAUUCAGUUGAUAAUGUAUUUGUUGCGAUUGGGAGUGAUCGCAGCGCUUCUGGCGGACAGUUUGGUGAGCGGAUUCACCACUUCUGCAGCGGUUCAUGUAUUUACGUCACAGCUAAAGGAUCUGUUAGGAUUAAAGAAUAUACCCAGGCGCAAGGGACCUUUCAAAUUAAUCCUUAGUUACGUCGAUUUGCUCAACAACUUUCCAUCCAUCAAUGGGAUCGCCCUGUUGGUCUCUUGCGCUACCAUUUUGAUUCUCAUCAUCAACAAUGCCUUAAAGCCAAGAUUCGCAAAACUCAGUCCAUUUCCAAUCCCAAUAGAAAUGCUGGUAGUCGUUCUGGGCACAGUUCUUUCAGUGUACCUGAAUCUUGCAGACGUUUAUGGAAUUGCAGUAGUCGGUGACAUACCGGUUGGUUUACCAGUUCCAACCUUGCCACCGUUAUCCUUGGUUCCGAACAUUCUAAUAGACAGCUUCGUGAUCACUAUGGUUUCCUACACCAUAUCCAUGUCCAUGGCGCUCAUUUUCGCCCAGAAGUUGAGCUACGAGGUGGACUCGAAUCAGGAAUUAAUGGCACAGGGGAUUGGAAAUCUAGUCGGAUCCUUCUUCUCUUGCAUGCCAUUCACGGCUUCUCUCUCCAGAUCCCUGAUUCAGCAAACCGUCGGUGGACGAACCCAACUGGCUAGCUUGAUAUCCUGUGGCAUUCUGGUUAGCGUUUUGUUAUGGAUCGGCCCCUUCUUCGAGCCUCUUCCACGGUGCGUUCUAGCCAGCAUCAUAGUGGUGGCUCUGAAGGGGAUGCUGAUGAAGGUGACAGAGUUCAAAAGAUUCUGGAAGCUGGACAGGAUUGACGGGAUCAUUUGGGCCGUGACGUUCACGACAGUGAUCCUGUUGGACGUGGAGUACGGCCUUCUGAUCGGGAUCGUGUUCUGCGUUGGCAAAUUGAUCUUCUUCUCCGUUCACCCUUACACCUGUUCCCUCGCUCUAGUACCUGGUACCGAGCUUUAUCUGGAUACCAAGAGAUAUAAAGGCACCAUCGAGUUACCAGGCAUAAGGAUAUUCCAUUACUCGGGUAGUUUGAACUUCGCUUGCCGGCAACAUUUCCGCGACCAAGUGUACAAAGUUGCCGGCCAAGUGCCGAGAAAGGAGCCGAAUGGUGGCUUCAAGCACGAUCAAUUGAAGAAAGUUAAGAAGCUGAGGGCCCUAAUACUGGAUCUUAGCGCUCUCAGUCACAUAGAUCUGGCAGGCGCAUCUAGCCUGGGACAUUUGAUCAACGAAUACUGUGAAAUUGAUAUACCCGUCUAUGUGGCAGGAUGUUCUGGACCUGUAUACGAGAUGAUGAGAAAGUGCAACCUGUUAGAAUACAAAAGCGGCCUGUUCGCCGCCUUCCCCACCGUAGCCGACGCCGUGCAUUUUGCAAAAUGUAACACCGAGUCGUCGUCCAUGCCAGCAUGGAGUUCUUCAAUGUACGAGGAUACCGUUGUCGCAAGGCUUUGAUUGGGAAUACUAAUCGCGAUUGUAUGCGGCAAGUUUCAUUCAUGGUUCCCAGGAAAAAACUACUCAAUUAACAAGUUUGAUUGAGAAUUUCUUGUUAUUUCUAAGAAUUGGACUGGAUGGAUGGAGGAGGGAUUUGUUUUAAAAUUUGUUUGCAGAAAGAAAAA